GUUUGAAUUGCCGCGUAUUUACAGUCCCGUCAUCGUCAUGAGCGCGACGACGGAAGCGUUGACGCGGAAGUUGGGGGAACUGCAUGAAGAAGUGGCGAGUUUGAAGGCCCGGGUCGUGGAAGCGGUGCGCAUCUUCCAUGGCUCGAGUGCGAAUGCGUCGUCGAGUAUGUCGAUUGACGAAGCGAUGCAGUUUGCGGCCAAGUGGUGUCGACAAGGGGAAGGUCCAAGCGAAGUGCAGAUCCGCAUGCGGGAACUCGAGGCUGUCUUGACCGACACGGUGGCUCACUUGCAGCCAGACACCCCGCACCACGACAACCAGCUAUCCAUCGCCACGAAAGCGCGGUUGCAGACCCAAAUCCAGCAGUCGCACGAGAUGCUGCAGCUGCUGCAUGUCCUUUCCCAACUGGACGUUCUGUUCCAGCACUUUGACGCACAGGUGCACGCGAACGCGUUCGAGGUCGCCGCGGCCGACGUGUCCGCGAUGGACCGUCUCGUCCGCGACUCGCCCUCUUCCCCCGUCAUGGACAUGAUGCGCGUCCAGGCCCGCAUGCGCCAAAACCAACUCCGUUGCUUGUUGGACGCCGAGGUCGACGCCGUGUGUGUGACGAGUCCCAACAAACUCGAGCUGUUUCCUCCGCAGAACCUCUGGGCGUCGCUCCAAGCAGCCAACCGCCUCGCGUUCCAUCUGGAUGCGUUGGCCGCCGCGAUGUUUCGUCACAUCCUGCACCCGCUGGUCGCCGAUCCGACGCUCGUGCCCCAGAUUCAUGCGAAUACGCUCACGUUGCUGUCCAAGCCUCCUUCGACCUCUUCAUCGUCGGCACCACCACUUGUCCCCGCCACCGCUCCAUCUUCAUCAUUGACCGCUGGUUCAUUUGCCAAGGUGCUGCAGCAUGUGCUGUCAGUGUUUCAGUUUAUACAUGCGCAUUGGACCGACCAGUCGUUGCUGGGCAACGUGCUCUGGAACACGCACCUGUCGACGCCGUUGCUCGUGCUCUUUGUGCACAACCUCCCGUCGUCUGUGUCGGACCUGGCCGCGUUCAAAACCACCGUGCAACCUCUGUUGCAUGGCUUUGAUGCGUCCAUGCACACGAUUGGGUGGACGACAGUGUCGGCGUCGACAUUCCUCGACCACUUGGACACGCGGUAUGCGUCCGAGAAGCGGCGCCGCGUGCUCGUAGACGUCCGCCAGUCCAUGCACAAGGACUACAUGGACUCGGUCGUGGCGUCCCUGCCAGCAUCGCACCAUCGCCAGUCCUCGUCGAAAAAAUCUGGCCAAUCACAUGCUCCCAACGACAACGACAACAACAAUCUCCGCGUGUCGCUGUGUGCCUCCAAGCUGUGGUCGCAGAUGGAGGCGUUGCUGGACGAAGCAGCGCAUGAAGACGUGGGACAGGGCGUGGGGAUGGCGCUGGUGCACACAGCCCGCGACGCCGUCUCUCUGUUCCGCAUGGGCAUGGCGAGUUUGGUCAAGGAAGCACUCGAGCACGAUCCCCGCGUCGUGAUGCUCGUGCACAACGACUGCCUCUUCCUCACACAUCACAUGCUGCCCGCCGUGUACCGCCGCAAGGCCGGCCUGCCCCCCGGCGUUAGCCUCAUCGACCUCGUCCCGCCCCUGCGUGAGUUUGGGGAGCACGUUGUCAUGCAUUUUGCCAAAACACAUACCCACAAGAUGCUCCAGUCCCUUGAAACAUCCCCGCCAUGGACCGACGUACACGAAGACGGGGCGUUCAACCAAGCCGAAACGUGCUUGAAGGUGGUGCUGUUCCAGCUGCAACGCAUCGCGCAGCAGUGGAAGGAUGGCGGUCUGCACGCGUACGCGGCGGUGGUCGGGCGCAUGCUGGCGCCGCUGCUCAACCACCUCCUCACGUCGCUCCUCUCGACGCCGCCGACACUCAAGGCCGUGCACAGCGUCCACCAUCUCUUCCAGCUCUAUCUCGACGCCGCCUCCGACUUGUUUGAAACGGCCGCCCUCGCAGAACUCCACGUCCACAACUGGACCAAGUUUGCCCUUGUCACGCACAUGAUGGAGGAUACCGUGGUGGGCGUGCAAGACAAGUGGGUCACCGGCGUGUUGAAACCAGUGGGGGCGGCGGAUGUAGCCACCUUUCUCAAACUCGUGUUCCCAGAGUCCCCGCAACGCCACCAUGCACUCAGUAUUGUCCUUCGCAAAUAACGACGGUGUUCCAUGACUAGUAGUACUACUGUAGUAGUACUAGUGCAGGGACGAAAACAAAUUGAUCGUUACGAGUACACGA